AUGAAAAUUGGUCAAAAAGAUUUACCUAAUCAGAAACAUUUAACAACUGAAUAAUAAAAAAACAUCAUUUUUAUAGAGAAUUUGGAUAACGUAAAUUAUGUUAAUUUAAUAAGGCUAUUACAGAGGACUUUUUAUUUCACUAAUUCAAGCAAUUCGGAGACAUAAGUAUUAUCAAAUUGAAGAAGGAUAAACAUAAAAAUAUUCCAUGUGGAUAGGCCUUGAUCACAUUUUCAGAUGCAGCAUCAGCUGAAAAAGCAAGAUAAACUUUAAACAAUUAAAAACUAAUCAAUAAUAUAAUCAAAGUUAAACCAUAUUUUAACCUUAAUGAUAAUGAGAAAGAAGCUAAUAUAUACAUGAGGAAUCUUCCGAAGUAGGUAAAUGUACAAGAACUAGAAUAAGAAUUAUCUAAAUAUGGUAACAUCCUUUCAAUUGAAGUUCGCAAGGACGCCUAAGGAAAUUAGUUAAAGUAAGGCUAAUUCAAGUAUUCUCUAGUUAUGGAUAUGUCUAAUUUUAAAAGAAGGAUGAUGCUCAACUAUUCCUAGAAUAAAUAAAUUAAAACUCCUUUAUUUAUUAAGGUAAUGAAAUACACUUUGAAUUAUUCAAGUCCUAAUCAGAGAGAGCUUAAGAAUCAAAUGAAUUGUUCUUAAGAGGAUUUUCAAAUCCUCUCCCUCAAAAUAUUAUAUAACAAGAUAAAACUAUUGCUGCAAUAGAGUAUGGAUGGUAAAUGGUUAUAAAAGAUUACUUUCUAAAAUAACAAAAUAUUCAAAUCUAAAGUUGUUUUGUGAAAAUAGAUAAGAACACUAGAUAACCUUGGGCGAUGAUAAAGUUUGAACUCUCUGACUAGGCAAAAGCUCAGUGUGUAAUAUGCGAUGAUUAAAGAACUCAUCCAUGUGUACAAUCGAGUAUUUCUUAUGUAAUUCAACUUAUUCAACAAUGUGAUAUUACAUAAGCUAGUUUUUCUGAAUUGAAACUCUCCUUAUAAGAAAUAGUCUCCAUCUAUGAAAAUCUUGCCAAUAAUGUAUUUGAUAUGUUCAGUGGAGUGAGUGAUAACUUCUUUUAUAACUUAAAGUAUGACAAAUCGCAAAGCAUAGAUGAAAGAUAACUCUACAUAUAAAAUAUCAAUGGCAAUUUACACAAAGAUGAUAUUUAAGCAUUUUUAUCAUAAUUUGGAAACGUUAUUUCUGUUACGAUGAAGUAAAGCACAAAACCGUAUUCACAACUUUAAAACUGUAUUGUUAUGUAUUAAACAAUUCAUGACGCCAAACGUGCAUUAUCUGAAAUAUACGAUAGAAGAAUUUCUUAAAGUGUAAAUCAUAUUUUUAAAAAUGGAAUAAUAAAAAUAAGUAUAUUCUUAGGAAAGAAUUUGAGAUAGGAAUAUCAAUAAGUUAAAAAAAAAAAAUAGCGGUUGAUUUAUAAGCCUAUGAUGAUUUAAAUACAUCAAUCACCAUUUUUCUAACCUUAAAAAUCAUAAAGUUUAAGCCAACCUCUUAAUAAAGAACCUAUAGACAAUUUCUUCACAUUAAUAAAAAAAUAUUAUGCAAUUGAAAUAAUAAAGGAUUAGAUGAGUGAUUUCUCAAAACUAACUAUUUCUGAUUAAAGACACAUAUUGGGGAACUUAUUAUUUUAUAAAGUUUAUGAUAAGGUUCAGGACAAAGAUGUUGCAAGACAUAUCGUAGGUAGAUAUCUUAUUUUAUAAAUUAGGAAUGCUUAUUGAGCCUUCUUAAUUUACAAUAUCGGAUAUUUUUGAUUUUUUUGAUAAUGAUCAAGACAUUAAUGAAUAUAUAUAAGAUGGACUAUAACUUAUAAAAGAAAAUCAACAAAAAAUUAAAUGA